AUGCCUCCAAUCUCUUUAUACGACAAAUUUAUCAAAUUUGUUCUACAAGACGAUAAAGGGACCGAACUCGAUUCUAUACCAGUCUCCCGCGGUCUGGGUUUGAAGGUUCGUCGCCGUAUUCUUCGUAGGCAAUCACAAACCUACAGGCAGCAAGUUCUCGACGAGCUCCGAGGUGCAUUUAACACCCCUCCGAAUACGACUAUACCACUCUUCAAGCGCGAAUUGUUUAUUGAGGAUGCUUUGGACGAACAUCUCGUAUACGUCACGGACUCCGCUUGGAGAUGGAUUCGAGGGAAACGUGAUAUCUACCAACUAAUCGUGCAAGCGAACCCGACCACAGCAGCUGCGCCUGUGAGACUUCGACAGCAGCAUUCUCCAACCCAUAGUCCCUCGCCACCCUCUUCCUCGUCGCAGGAUUCCGGAUCUGUCUCCUCUAUGCGCGCGAAUGCGCCAAAGUUCCACAGUGGUCCAUAG